AUGAAGUUGCUCUCGUGCAGCGUCCUUUCGUUUCUCACUGUGCUCGCCGUAGCGGCAACAGACUCGUGCAACUGCGGCUUCACCAGCACCGUCAACGACCAGAGCGUCCUUUUCACCGAGGCCUUCGAGACCGACUUCCGCCAUGUCGCCGACCUGAAGCCCUCGGAAUGGCGGCCGCAGAUGUACAACAAGACGGCCGCGGCGUCGCACGGACCGUACGGCCGUCUGUAUUCCAACGCCACCACGCUGCCCAACACCGUUGGCUCCGACGCCGGGCUGCAGCUCGUUGUGUCGUCGGCCAUCGUCGACACCCUCGUCCCAUGCGCCGAGGUCGCCGCGAAGCGCAGGGACUUCUUCUACGGCACGUAUCGCGUCGGUAUGAAGCUGUCCAACGAGUCGGGCACCUGCGCUGCGUUUUACUGGUACUUCAACGACACGCAAGAAAUCGACAUAGAGUUCCUCUCCAAAGACUUCAACCCCUCCAACAACUCGUACCCGGUCAACAUCGUCCUGCACAGCCCUCUCUCGCUCGCCACCGGCUUCGACGCCGUUAAGGCCGGCACCUGGACCGUCGCCUACCUCCCGUUCAACCCCGCCGAGGGCUUCCACGAGUACCGCUUCGACUUUGUGCAGGCCGCCGUCUACUUUUACGCCGACGGCACGUACCUGGCCGAGAUGAAGGGACUCGCCGUCCCCACGACGGGCGGAAAGCUGCUGCUCGCACACUGGUCGAACGGGAAGGCCGCUUGGUCAGGCGGCCCGCCGAAGCAGGAUUCCGUCAUGACGGUGCAGUACGUCAAGGCGUACUUCAACUCCUCGGAGCCGGGCGUAGUAGAGGCAGCGCAGGAUAGGUGUGACGCCCAUGGCAUGACUUGUGCCAUUCCGGGGAUGACCGAGGCUAAGGAUCUGGACUCGGGCGCGGCCUUCUUCAACCUGACGAGCGCGAAUGGAGGCAGUGGAAGUGCCGGCGGGAGUGGCUCUGGCGAGUCGACCUCGACCUCGCGGAGUGGUGGUGGAGAGAACUCGCGCUCAACUAGGGGAUUAGGGUCGUUGUUAACUGCGUCGCUGAUGGCUGGGUUUCUUCUCUCGUUGUAG